AUGGCUCUGAAGAUUGUUAUCUGCUUAAUGGCUAUUGCCCACAUUGCUGUCGGCAUUGAACUUAAAGCUGAACCCGACUAUGGCCCAGUUGCCUAUGAGUUCCACUAUUCCGUCCAUGAUCCACAUACCGGUGAUAUCAAGAGUCAAAAGGAGGUACGCAAAGACGAUAAAGUCGAGGGCAGCUACGAAUUGAUUGAUUCCGAUGGUCAUCGUCGUUUAGUUAAAUACAAGGCCGACGACCAUAACGGUUUUGAGGCCAUCGUUUUGCGAGAACCAACCGAUAUUAAGAUUCCCAUUCCUGAACCUCAUCAUGUGGGUAAAAUAUUGACCGCUACAAAAAUUUUGGCACCAGCUCCUUUGGUACAUUACGCCGCUCCUAAGCAUGUGCUGUUGGCCAAAACAGCAUUAUCUCAUGCUCCCGAAUAUGGCAAUUUCGUUUCAUUCUCAGGACCCUCACACAAUUAUAAAUAUUAA